UCAGAAAACCGUACACUUUUCAUCUCCCAAAUUCUCGGUCACGCGUUCUCUCCAUCGUCGCAUUUAUUCAUGCUCUCUGUCUACUUCUUCUCCUCAAAACAACGAAAUCAACAAAGGAGAGAACUCAAAAAUGUCAGAUAUCAAUCCAGGAUUCGAAUCAUCAUCAUCCUUCAACACACUAAACAUCGACGUAACCGAAUCAAUCCUCUCCCAUCUCCCAAUCCCUUCCUUAGUCCGUUUCACUCUCGUCUCUAAGCUAUGGCGUUCAAUCAUCACCUCUCUUCCUCCUCCUUCUCCCUCUCCGUCUUCAUCAUCACCAUGGCUCUUCCUCUUCGGUAUCCACAACACUUGCUCUUUCCACAACCAAUCCUUCGCUUUCGAUCCUCUCUCCAAUUCCUGGCUCCGUCUCCCUUCCUCCUCCUCUUCCUCCGAUCACCUCGUCGGAUCUGAUCGCUUCCUCUUCACCACCGCUCCUCGUUUCUCCUUCUCACCGAUCCUCAAACCUAAUUGGCGAUUCACUUCCCCUGUUCGGUUUCCUCGAAUCAAUCCUCUGUUAAGCGUUUUCACGGCUCGUUCCGGCGCAUCCAAGCUGAUCCUCGUCGGUGGAUCUUCGCGAAUCGGCGGAUUAGUUGACAUCGAGGAACGGUUAGCUGUACAAGUCUACGAUCCGGUUCUUGACUCAUGGGAGCUCUGUUCACCACUCCCUGCUGAUUUCAGAUCUGGUCAGGAUCAUCAGACUCUAACCUCGGCUCUGUUUAGGAGAAGGUUCUACGUUUUCGAUAACUAUUCCUACUUCAUCUCGUCGUUUUGCUUGGAUUCGUAUACCUGGAGUGAUGUUCAAACGCUUAAACCACCUGGACUCUCGUUUGCGUUCUUGAAUUCGUGUAACGGUAUGCUUGUUCUCGGUGGGAUGUGUGGUUUCUCGUUUAAUCUGUGGAGAAUCGAAGAAGGUUCUAUGGAGUUUAGCGAAAUAGCGGUUAUGCCUGAGGAUUUGUUGUUUGGAUUAGUUGAUAACGAGGAUGAGGAGGAAGAGGAUAGUAACAAGUUUAGGAGUUUGAAAUGUGUUGGCUCUGGGAAUCUUGUUUAUGUGUUUAAUGAUGAUUGUCAUAAGAAGUUUCCAGCUUGUGUAUGUGAGAUUGGUGAGAAUGGCAAGUGUAGUUGGAGAAGAGUGCCUCGUUUGCCUUCUCCUGUUAAUAAGUUUCAUAAAGUUGCUAGUUUCUGCUCAACUGUAUCUAUUAGCGAUGUUUUCCACCCCGAGGAAGCUCAGAUUGGUGGUUUGAUCCGCAUUUGAGUUUUGCUUACUUCUGCCACUGUAAAAAUGAAAAGUGGAGAUGAGGAAAGAAGAAAAAAUAAUGGGGUGUGUAAUUAGCUGUAAACUGGAUUCGAAUUCUUCGUAAAUGUUAUGUUAAGUCUUUGUUUCUACUGUUUUAUGUAUUUAAAUUCUUAAAGAAGAUUCAUGAAGUAUUUUUUUUGUACUAUAAAAGUUCACAGUUUCUUGUACCGAAGCAAGCUAACAUUGUGAUACGUUCUAAUAAGGGAAUGGAAUAUAUAUUUUUUUGGUA